AUGGCACCGCCGCCAUCACGGACUGUCUUUACGAAUGAUGCGCGAAAUGGACCGAUAUGGACCUCGCUAACCUGGCGACGCAUCCUCGCCGGUGAAAUCAACACGGGUCCCUUGCUGAGAACCAUUAAUGCCGUCUACUCGUCAGUAUCAAACUCAACCUCUCGACCAAUCCCAUUCACAUGUGUCUGCUUUUCACGAGAAACUGCCAUUCAAAAACAACCCACUGCUGAAUUGAAUCUGGGCGCAUUCUCGUGUUUAAUGGCUGCUAUUGAUCAGAGAGGGUUUAUCUAUGUCAUGGACUUUCUGAAAAACAAGUGGUCUCUAGUAGCACGAACUGGUGUAUCUGGAACAUGUGCAUCGUUCAACAAUCAACGGAGGCGAGAAUUGCUCGUUGGGUUGUCAGAUUGCUCAAUUAUUUGCUUCAACACUGAAUCUGGACAAUUGGUGGCCAAAUUACCCACUCACCACAUGUCAGAACCAACACAUAUCUCCACACAUCCGACUCAACCACUAGCUAUAACAACAAGCGAUACCGAAGCCAUCUUAUGGGAAACCGAAACCUUCACAAGACGGCGUGUAUUAAUGGGGGCUGCUUCUGUUGGUGUGCAACAAGCUUGUUUCGAUGCCAACGGAGAAAACAUCAUUGGUCAUUUCAGUGAUGGAGCAGUGAUGGUGUGGUCGGUCGUCACAUUCGACUUGACGUGGAGAUUUAGUAUCAGCUCGACUCCUUUGCCGGCCAUGUCCAUCAUACCAAAACAGAGUUCAUAUAUUGCUAUAUCUCAUGAUGGAGAGUAUUUAGUUAUUGCUGGAAGGUCUCCUGUGUUGCGUGUUUGGAACCUGUUGGACCACAAAGAAGUGCAUCAAGUCACGAUACCCGACUUUGGUGAUCAAUACAUCCUUCAAAUUGGAUUUGUUGGAACUGGAGAGGUCGUCGCUCUCUUGUCUUCAUCGGGUCAGAUACUAUUUGCCAAUAUCAAAACUGCUGAAUUGUUGGGUCGAGUGUUGGCGCAAAACACAUUCAAGUCGUUUGCAGUGUCUCCUGAUGGAAGUCUCUUAUCUGCUAUUAUGGCUGACUCGAGGCAUAUAACGAGUCUAUUGAGAGUGGAUGCUAUUCUCAAACCUGAGACGGCCGUCGAUACGUCACCAGAGUUACAAGGCCCUGUUGAACAGGAAGAACCUAUAACAACAAAACAGGUCCCAAGUAUAGUGGCAACAAGACCCAAGACAUUCCAUGAAUUGGUUGAAUCAAGGGAGGAAUCAAACACAUUAAACAAGGGCAGGCUACGGAAGUUUUUAGAUCACUAUGGAGUUUAUCCUGAGAGAUACAGGACACUCAUCUGGAGGUUUCUACUGAAACUGCCAGAGAAUCGUGAGGCCUUUGAUGUCCUGAUGAGCCGUGGAAUCCAUCCUGCUGUCAAGGACUUUCGUAAACGAUUUCCGUUAAAGAGUGAUAGGUUGGCGAAAACUAUGGAGAGGAUCUUGUCGGGCCUCGCAUAUUGGUCACCACUCUUCGAGUCGCUUGAUUAUCUCGCACCACUCGUGUUUCCGUUUGCAUAUCUAAUGGUCAAUGACACAUUCAUGUGCUUCGAAGCUGUUAUGACUAUUCUCAUAAAUUGGUGUCAGAAAUGGUGGGAAUACUACCCGAAUCCACCCGUCGAGUUACUUAGCAUGUUUGAAGAGUUAUUCAUGUAUCACGAUCGAGAGUUGUUGGCCCAUUUUGUCAAGCACAAAGUUACGAGUCAGAUUUUUCUGUGGACAUUUACGCAAAAUCUCUUUUCGGAAUUAUUUGUCAGAGAAGAGUGGUUGCGCGUAAUGGAUCAUAUUCUAACAAAUGGUCCAGCAUUUCUGUGGUACUUUGCUCUGGCUUAUUUGAUUCACUUCAAGCCUGCCUUAUUACGACUUGAAAAGCUGGAUGAUUUCAAGUUUUUCUUCCAACGAGCAAACCCAGUAGCUUUGACCACUGUCAUGAACCUGGCCUAUCGUCUUCGUCGCACUUCACCACCCCAACACUGCCCAUCAACAUUCCUAGAACCAUUCAUCCCCAUAUCCCACGGCCAGUAUCCCAUCUAUAAUCGCUUCCCUAAGUUUGUCAUCGACUAUCAAGUCCGUAUGCGUGAACGCAUACGUAAAGAAGAGGAAGACUAUAUGCGUAAACGAAAGACGACAGAAGAAAUUAAGCGUCUUACAGAAGAUCUUCGACGAGAUAAACGGACUUGGGAAGUUGCUGAUCAGAGGAUGAACGAUAUGGUUGAUAAGUGGUGGGAUAGUAUGGUUGGAGAGGAUAAGACUCAUGAGGCUGUUCAGGCACGUCUUGAUGCUAUGGAGUUGGAGCAGCGAGCUAAGGCUUUGAGGGAGAUUGCUGAAGGCAAGAAAAGAUACAUUCCAUAUUCUCGAAAGGCCUUCAUCGAACAUACAGUAUCAGUGGCCAGACAACAAGCAUCCACGCUAUCUCGAGCCGUAGGAGAGAACCGUCGAGCAGCAGAAAAUAGAACAGAUCGAGACGCACUAGAUGCCCAAUUAGGCAAUGUAGCUAAUGAAUGGCUGGAACGACGAGACGAGAUAUUCCGAGCCCGAGAAGAAUCCAAGAAGCGUGAAUUGGACCGUGUAGAACGAUUUGCUGAACGAGGACGAGACGCAGGUGCUGAUCCGAACAGUAGUAAAAGUCCAUUACGUAGUACUGUGGAUGGUAUGAUUGGAUUGGAACAACAGGAACGAGUUGCGAGGACCUUGUUUGGUGAAUCGCCUAAAGCUGGAGAUGCAUCUAAAACGAAGGAUGAUGAGAGUGAUGAAGAUGACAGUGCAGAGUUGAGUGCUUGGGAGCGUGAAUUGCAUCGGAUAAGUAAAGGGAAGGCUCGUGCUGGAGAACAAGCCGAUACGGUUAGGUUUGCCGAUGAGACGAAGAAGGAUUCAGUGCCGCUUCCUAGGAGUGUGCUUUUUGCUGAACCAUUGUAG